AUGCGGGAAGUUGAAGUUUUCCGGCUGAAGCUGGUGAUGCAGUCGCAGCAGUUGUCGAACGCAAUUGAUUUGAAAGGGUCCAUCGAGGUGGUUGCAGAAUAUUUUAAUGUGGCCAUUAAUAAUAUUCUCUACAUUCGUGGGAUCUACCCAGAAGCUUCUUUUAAGCAAGUAAAGAAGUUCGGUCGUUCUGUUCUGAUAACAACAGAUGAAGAGUUAAGUGACUAUUUAAGCUGUCUUAUUAGUCAGAUAAAGGUAUGGAUGUCGAGCGGUUCUCUGAAAAGGCUUGUUCUUGUUAUCAAAUCCGUCAAAACUGAUGAGGUUUUCGAGCGUUGGCAAUUUAAUGUUGUUAAAGAAGAAGAGUCAUCUAGUGUUCCAAAAAAUGUCGAUCACGUGAACAGUGAACUCAGUGCAAUCAUCCGUCAAAUUGUUUCUUCUUCUACAUUUCUGCCCGUUUUGUCUUCAUCAUGCACAUUUAAUCUUCUAGUUUACGUUGACAAAAAUACUGAAGUUCCGGAUGAUUGGGGUGAGACAGGUCCCUGUUUCGUGCCAAACUCGAUGCACGUUCAGCUACGGUCCUUUUCUACCCGAAUUCACAAAGUGGAGUCGGUUGUUUCGUACCGAUUGAAAUGA